AUGGGAUAUUCAGCAAAAUCUCAUCUGUAUGAAAACUGCAACUGCAAAAAUGAGGCCAAAAAUAUAAGUAUGAGUGAUGGUCAAAUGAAUAAGCAUAUUAUGCCAUUCAUCAACCCAAGAAUAGUUCAACAAACGGAUUACGUAUCUAUAGUCAUAAAUAGCCAACAAGCUCAUAUCUAUCGAAAUUGUUAUAAUAACAAUCAAGCUCUUCAUGAUUUGAAUGAAAAACGUAAUUAUGGUUUAAGUGAUGAUCAAGUUAUUCCUGAACUCAACUGCUUACAUAAGGAACUUUGUCAAUGA